AUGGAUUACAUGCGCCCCCGGUCCAGCUAUCAACCUUGUGAUACGUUCUUCGUUGAAGAUGACUACCGUAUGCGUGCCGAGAAGCAAGCCAAACAGGAGCACGAGAAGCUCGUUGCUCGUGAACGGCAAUAUGCUAUCGCGGAUCAGCUGUCCAGACUCGCCAGCGAUGAGCUUCGGGACGAUGUCCUGAGCCAUAUGAUGGAAAUGGAUAGCCAAACGCUACCGGACGUUGAAUCGAUUGAUAUCCAGACCGAAAUUCAGUGGUUUAUGCGACCGUACCUUCUGGACUUCCUCAUUGAGGCUCACACUGCAUUCCAGCUGCUGCCGUCGACAUUGUUCCUGGCCAUCAACCUCUUGGAUCGUUACUGCUCCAAGCGUGUGGUCUACAAGCGUCACUACCAGCUCGUUGGCUGUGCAGCCCUCCUCAUCGCCGCGAAGUACAACGACAAGAAGGAUCGGGUUCCAACCGUCAAGGAGCUGAAGUCGAUGUGCUGCUCUCUGUACGAUGACGAUAUGUUCAUCCAGAUGGAGUGGCACGUCCUCCAGACCCUUGGCUGGACAAUUGGACACCCGACUGUGGACAGCUUCCUCCAGAUCGCUGUCCUGGAUGAGCCCUACGACCCCGAGGUGGAACACAUGGCACUUUACAUCUUAGAGAUUGCCUUGUUCCACCGUGACUUUGUGUCAAAGCCGUCGUCAGAGCUCGCCCGGGCCGCCCUGGCACUGUCGCGCUGCGUCCUCAACCGACCCCAGCCUCGUCACACUCACUGGGCCUCCCAGUACGAUUCGAUGACGCUUGUCGGUCUGUCUCAGCAGCUCCACCAGCCUUCUGCUGUCGUUGCCCGGAAGUACGCCUCCGCCCAGUAUUCCCGUGUUUCCAAGGUUUUGGAGCACUUCCUCAACCGCCAGGCUUCUUUGGCCAACUACGCCCGUUGCACUCCUCCGGUCGAGACUCCUGUGGAGUCCAAGCCAUACAAUGGAGAAAUCGGUCUUGCCACCCCUCAGAAGUCCCAGCAGUUGACUGUGCCCCAUGGCUACCUUACCCCACCCAUCACACCGGAGAAUGUGGCAUUCGCACAAACGCAAAUGGCCACUCAUCCAGCUGUGAACACCUGCUCGCCGUCGCCAGCGCCAUCGUCUGAGAUGCAAUACAUGCCUACCGACGCUUACCAGCAACAGGAGGCCAUGUACAUCACUCAGCAGCAGCAACUACAGCAGUUCCCUCCACAGCCUCAGAUGGUGGUCGACCCGGUUUAUGCUGGUAUGAUGUAA